AUGAACAUUCUCGACCUUCCAGUCGACAUACUGCUGCUCAUCUUUCCACGGCUGGAUGCCACGAGCUUCCUACACCUCACUUCAACAUGUAAAUCACUCCACCAGUCCGAGUUCGUCCAUGAUGCUCAAUUCUGGUCCAACAUAGUCCGGGAUACCUUCCGUGUCCCCAACCAACCUCAAGUUCAGCACGAUGGGAAACGCUGGCAGAAGCUGUACAAACGCCUACUCACGCAGAGCAGGAUUUACACUUGGGGUAGCAACGACAAAGCGUGUCUAGGCCACUCCUUCGAGGCACCGCAGACAGCCCACCCUCAUGUACCUGGUCUGAUCGUGCGUAGAGCACCAGGCCACCGUAGAAGACAUGUUAGCUGGCCAGCGGAAAUGGAAGGCACGGAGAACUUGGGUGUGGUAGCCGAUGUGCAGUGUGGUGGGUGGUCAACCAGUAUGCUUACUGCCAAAGGUGCGGUGUACACCGUCGGUGUCAUGGACGGUGAGCAAUUCAAUCAGAGAAGACCACCGUACAUGCAAGCCAUCAAGAUGCAACCUACACCACUACGAUAUCCUCCUGGCUUCACCCAAGCUGCCGAGAGACAUGACAACAAGACUGCGAUCAAGCAGUUCUCAACAGGUAGAUCUCAUGUCCUUGGCUUGUCAGAUAGUGGUCGAAUAUGGAGCUGGCAGGACAUCGAUCAUGCUGCACUGCACGUCAAGUUCUUACACCAUGAGACGAAAGAAGAAGUAUCUGCAGGUCGAGGCACGGUGCAUAAAGUCGUCGGUGGCUGGAACAAGAGUGUCGCAUUAGUCGAAGGGUGUGGCAUCGUACUCUGGGAUCCAUUGAGACGUGGACACGAUGAUACAGCCAUCGAAGACACUGCACUCGUCAUGGAGACCGCCGUGGUACCCAACACCACUUAUCGGCAGACCCGAGGCAAAGAGGACACUGCCGCUCCAGGCACAAUCGACAGCACGGCCGAGAUCAUUGGAGAGGUGCAGAGCAUCGUUGCUCUCGAGGAAAUAGUGCUCUUCAACACUCAUCUUGGGAAGCUCUUUAUCUCGAGCAUAAUCUGGACACGUGAUGAACAGCGCCUUAGCGAACCUUUCGAGCUCGACGUAACGCAAGGCGUGGAGAACGCAGAUGUGUUCGUUACGGAUGUACAAGGCUCCUUCCGCUCCUUCGCCGUCUUCUUGAAAGAUGGCACUGUGCUAACCAGCAAUCAAGAUCGUGCCUUAGAUGCGUUGCACAGCACCGGAAGUCAGGACCCACUUUUCAAGUCUGUCGCUGCUCUUCAGCACAAAGAUGUCAUUAGCGUGGCCUUUGGCGACUACCACUUCCAUGCUCUUCACGCGCCAGGCUACAUCACGAGCUACGGCAACGAACCUCAAGCCUGUGGUGCAUUGGGCUUAGGUGGCCACGGCGAUCCUGAAGGUCGACUGCGUGGUAUGCGUUACCAAGGGAUUGGUGGCGAUGGUCGCCUCCUGCCACACGCAUACUCCGAAGGCCGCCGAGUCUGGUUCGAAGAGGAGAAGCGGGAUUGGAUCACCUUCUUGACAGCUGGUGGUGUUAACCCGGCUGAAGCUGCACCACGUUUGAGGAUGGCGCUUGGUAGCCCUGGUAUGGAUUGCCAGGGUGAAAUUAGCGAGUGGAUUGAACAGCAAGGCAGAGACUGGGAGGACAAAUUUGAUGUGCGAAGUGAAGAGGACGAUGGCUUGGGUGCCUAUUUCGCACUCAGUGUCACUGCUGCAGGUUGGCAUUCGGGCGCUCUUGUACUUGUCAACGAAGACCUUGCCGCGAAGGUGCAAGCUGCGUGCGAAGUGCGAGACCCUGCUUUGGUGGAGGAGGAAGAGGAAGAGGCACAGCCAGGAGCAGAUGAGCUCCAAGCUGACUACGAGGAGGAGUCCACAUCCGCAGCCAGUCCCUCACUCCUCGCCUCAGCUACAGCAAUAGCAUACGACUGGGGCCGUUGGUUCCUGGGCCUCCCACCUUACAACAGUGCAGCAGGAUCUCAACAGCACUUGCGCGAUACACUCGCAGCUCGCAACAAGGCAAGACGCGCAGCAGAGCGGAUCGAACAGAUCCACUCUCCACGCAAUUAUGGCGAGUCGCCGCGCAAAGGGUACAAGUACGUAUGGGCCAACGACCACUUUCCUCGGUUGAGGUUGACCAAUGGUGUCGAGAUGCCUGGAGAGGUGGAAUUCGAUGAGUGGCGCUUUGCACGGCCAGAGUUUGAUGUGCAUGCUGGUGUGUGA